UGACACACGAGAGGCAAGGAACACAAGAUCUUAUUCAGAAGGGUUUUGACACACGAUUUCUAAAAAGAUUACACGCGAGAGGAGUAAGAUAUUUUCACCUCUAAGCUCCCAAAUUGAUUGUGGAGAAUUGUCUAGGGUUUCUUCGACCAUGGUUCCCAAUUCCACGAGCGAGGCGAAGACGACGACCGAAGAAACUUCGAACGAGCACGAGAUGACGACGGAAUCAAUGGGGAUCGCUGAUUCGUCUGUGAAAAAGCGCAAGGCCGAAGAAGAUGCCUCUGAUUCCGAACAUGCUUCUGAUCCCGAAGACGACGGUGAAGAUGGCGAGAUGGAGAUCGAGAAUGAGGCCGGAGAAAGCGGUAACAGCAGCGCAGAGGACCUGCCGGAGUGGGGUGUUGACAGCUUCGAUGGUUCGGAGUACGAAUCUCCUAACGACGAUGAGGAGUAUUUCUCCGAUGAGGAGACUGAUCUCAAAUUGCGUCGAUAUCUUCGCCAGAUUUACGAGUCCAGGGGUUUCAAAGUGGAGUUUGGAAGUGCUCCAAGAUGCAUAGGGGGAUAUUUUCCCGUUAAACUCGAUUCCGAGUGCUUACCUGGCAAAACUUCCCGCCAGUACAUGGAAGAGAUGGUUGCAGCUGCUCUUGAGAAGUACAACCGGAUAGAGGGAACGAGUGUUGAAUGCGACCACAUUGUGAGGGCCGUUACUAGAUCGGCUGUUGGUAAGGUGUCGUACAUUACAUUUAUGGCUAAGGAGAAGCCCGGUGAUGAAGAGCUUGUAGAAUACCAAGCUAAAACCCUUCAUAGGGCGUGGCUUAAGAUGGUUUAUCCCAUCUUUUGCAGAAAAGCUUCUGAAGCGAUAGAUUCGAGUAAGGUAUCGAGAGGAAUAGCGAAAACCACGGACGGAGUCAGGCGAAACAAGAUUCGAUAUUGCUUUUUGGUUUGAUCGUAUGACAUUGGGUUCUGGAAAUCCGAUUUAUUCUAGGUUGAAUGAUGAUGAUGUUGCCGAGUUUGCCAAGACCUACCUGCCACAGAUGAUGUUUGUUCUUGUUAUGAACAAGGUUUGCUAGGAUCAAGUCUGUAGUGGAUUAAGUAAAUUAUGGGUUAUGUGCAAGACAUCUUUUAUUGCUGUCCAAAAAUUGUAAGAGCUUAUCAGCUUAUUUUGUUCAUCUUUCUGGUCAUUAUCUAAUCUUAUGCAAAGAAGAACUCGGACUUUCUGAUGUCCAUUUCAGAGUAAAAGAAAGAGCUCUACUCUUUUAUCUCU